CUUUUUAAUUUGCCUUUUGUAACAGUUUAGAGUGGAUGUGUGUGUAACACAAAACGUAUUCAAUAUUCAUAAAAACAAGGGCGUCCGCUCUACUUUCAAUUUUCAUUCUUGGUUUUUGAAUAGCCAUGCGUUAAAUCAAAGUAAAGCAUUAAACACACCACACUUAUAGUUUUCCCCCUUUAACGAACGGUUGUUAAUACCCUCAUAUUAUGAAUAUUCUCUACAUUCCUAUUAUUAACAAUUGAUUUCUUUGUUCGUAGAAUUUCGCAUACACCAUUUGCAUUCCUCUAUCAAACCUGUACAACAUGUGCAAAAUGAAAUGGUUCGCAUCGAUUGGUUUUGAGAUCCAUUUGCAGUUGGCGGCUUCCAAAAAGCUUUUCAGUGGUGCGAAAAGAGGAGUUUCUGAAACACCAAACACGUCUAUUGCUCACUUUGAUGUCUCGCUUCCUGGGUCAAUGCCGAUCCUAAGUCAGGAAGCUUUGAGACUUGCUGUUCGAGGAGCCCUGGCACUCAAUUGCAAUGUUGCUCCAGUUUGCCAGUUUGACCGAAAGCAUUACUUUUACCCAGACUUACCAGCUGGCUAUCAGAUUACUCAACGUGAUGUUCCAUUAGGAAGAAACGGGUUCGUUCAACUUUCAAAACAUCUAGACGACGUUGAUAAUACCAUAGUACCUAUUCAACACGUACAAUUGGAGCAAGAUACCGCAAAAUCUAUCCAUGUAGAUAGUGUUUCAAAAACAUUACUAGACUUCAACCGUGCAGGGUCUCCACUACUUGAGGUUGUCACGGCUCCUUGUUUACAUGAUGAGAAUACCGCUGGAUCAUUUCUGCGGAAAAUUCAAUCUAUCAUGCGUUAUGCCCGUGUUUCUGAUGCUAAAAUGGAAACGGGUGGAAUGCGAUGCGACGUAAAUGUAUCUAUUGCGCCAAUUAUUUCGACUCCUAGCGAAUCUUCAAAAGAUUUUACAGUGGGCUUAGAGCUUCCCAAAACAGAGUUGAAGAAUUUAUCAUCUGUUCGAAAUGUCAUGAAUGCCAUACGCUAUGAAGUGCACCGUCAGAUUUCCCUUGCAGAAAAAAAUGAAAUUUGGGCUACAGAAACAAGGGGCUUUGAUGAUAAAACUGGACAAACAUUCUUAUUACGCGAUAAAAGUAUUUCAGAGGAUUAUCUCUACCUACCCGAAACAGAUGUCCCUCCUGUUACAAUAUCCAAGGACUACGUGAGAGAAAUAGCCAAUUCAAUGGGACCACUUCCUGACGAUCUUUUUAUUAUGCUCACGUCAAAACCUUACUCUAUGUCCAUACGAGAUGCACGUAUUCUUUUAAAUCUCCCUUAUGGAUAUGAUUACUAUUAUACUGUUAGAAAAAUCAUCGGCAAACAAGCCGGGUUCUCUAAAGAAAUUAUUGAUGAUUCCUUACACGCCUUACCAACCUGGAUUAUUACUGACCUUGUAGGAAAGCUUCAUGAGCAUGAAAAAGAAGAAGACCUCUUUUAUGUCCCUCCAAAUCAGUUAGCCGAUAUUGUUUGCUAUUGUUCUGCUCGAAAAAUUUCUCGUCUGACAGCAAAAGCGCUUAUCAACCAUUUGAUUGUAACGCCUUCAAAAAUGUCGGUUGCAGACAUUAUUAAAGAGCUUAAGCUGGAUUUUAUUCAAGAUUCCAACACAUUAGAUGUUCAGGUUGGGAAAAUUUUAGAAGCAUCUCCCAAGCAAGUUCGGGAAUUCCUGAAUGGAAAGCAAUCUCUGCUUAAAUAUUUUAUAGGACAAGUAAUGCGGCAAGUUCGAGGUCGAGGUGAUCCGGUUGAAAUUGAGAAAUUGCUGAAGCAGCGUUUGGGCGACACCUUGAAAAAGUAACUACAUAGUCCAUUUUUACCGAUUACUUUUUAAAUUUUCGAUGAUGACUUGGUUUAAAUAGAGCUUUUUUGGAUGUGUUAACUGUAUAAGAAUGAAGAAAAUUACUUAGUGACUGAGUGUCAAUGUCUACUGAACAGAAAUAAAUUUUCAUAGAUUCCCUUUUAUAAUACACUCGACCUAAAUAAACAAAACAAAAAAU